AUGGACCGCAUCAAAGAGAAACUCCACACUCUCCGUGUAGAGGCCGACGCAGCAAGCGAGCGUGCCGAUGAGCUCGCGGAAAAGAACAAGCAGCUUGAGCAGGAGCUGCUUACCAAAGACCAGGAGAUUGCCUCGCUGCAACACAAGCUGAGCCUGGCAGAGAGCGACCUUGACAAGCUCGAGAGCAAGCUACACGAGCACAAGUCGGCGCGAGAGGAGCACGAAUCGAACGCUACCAACUCCGAAUCGCUCCAGCGCAAAGUGGAGCUGCUUGAGGGCGAGCUCGACACUGCCGAGAAGAACCUGCGCGAGACCACUGACAAACUGCGACAGGUUGACGUCAAAGCCGAGCACUUUGAGCGACAGGUGGCAACGCUCGAACGCGAGGUGGCUACAUGGGAGAAGAAGUACGAAGCGGCCGAAGAGCGCUACCGCGCCUCCAAGGCAGAGCUGGACGAGGUGGUGGCACAGAUGGAGAGCCUCUAG